AGAAGAGCUAAAAAGUGAUUUAAUAUAUGUAGAAUUCUGACUUUAAUAGGGGGAGUGGGAUUAUUCCAUUAAACAAAAGACAAAGAACUAGGGACGCUGCAAUUCUGAAGUAAAAACAGAAAUAGCUGGAGAAAUUCAGCAGAUCUAGCAGUAUCUGUGGAGAGAAAGAAGGGUCACUAGAUCCAAAAUGUUGACCCUGCUUUUCUUCCACAAGUGCUGCUCCAUAGAUUUCUGGCUCACAUUCAGCUCCCAUGUUUUGAACAUAAUAUUGUACUAGAGCAUUAGCAUUGAGGGAAUGCUGUGCUGGAGGUGUCUUUUGGAAUGAACUUUUGAAAUCUAUUGGAACAGGAAGGCAGAGCCUUGAUUUAAAAGAUCUUGUGACACUGUUCGAAUUCGCCAGGUCUUAAGCAAAGAAGGUGGAGAGGAAGGAAGAAUUAACACAAGUUUGUACAAUGACUGUGUCUGUAUGACUGAGCUGUUUGUGCUUGCACGGAGAGUGUUUGUUCCCUUUUAAUAGAGUCUUGUUGGAUAAUGAACAAUGUCAAAAAGAAAGUUUUGCAUUUGUGUAUUUCCAAACUGCAGGAUAUCUCAGAGAGCUUUGCACGUAAUGAAGCUACUGUUUUAAUGUGCAGAAAGUUCCCAUGAACAGCAGUGAUAAUGACCAGGUUUCUUUUUGUUUCUAACGUUGGUUGACUUAUUAAAUAUUGGCUAAGAUGCUUUUGUCCUGUUGCUGAUGUGACGGUCACCAGUUGGGCCAGCAUUUUGUUGCCCAUUACUAAUCGCCCUCAAAAGGUGGUGGUGAACGGUCAUCUUAAACUACUAUAGUCCGCGCGGUGUGGGUAUACCGCAUUGCUGUUAGGAAGGGAGUUCCAGGAUUUUAAUCCAUUGAUAGUUGAGUCAGGUCAGUGGGUGAUUUGCAGGGGAACCUGCAGAUGUUUGUGUUCCCAUGUAUCUACUGCCCAUGGCGUUCUUGGUGGUAGAAGUUGUGGGUUUGGAAGAUGCUGCCUAAGGAACCUGGAUGAGUUGUUGCAGUGCACCUUACAUUUAGUACACACUACUGCUACUGUGCAUUCGCAGUGGAGGGAAUGUUAAAAAGUAGAUGGCUUUGUCUUGGAUGGUGUUGAGUUUCUUGUGUUGUUGGAGCUGCAGUCAUCCUGUCAAGUGGAGAGUAUUCCAUCAUACUCCUGGCUUGUACCCUUUGACACUAUCAGGCUUUGGAGACUCAGGAGGUAAGUUACUUGCUGCAAAAUUCCCAGUUUCUGAUUUGCUCUUGGAGUCAAAGGGGUUUAUUUGCCUUUUGUACUUUGAAACUGUGCCAGAGGACGUUUUACAUCCAACUGAGAGAGCAAAUGAGGCCUCUCUUCAAUACUGUCAGCCUAUGUGCUUGAGUCUCUGGAGUGAGACUGGAAUCCACCGCUCCAAGGGCAAGAGUGUGAUCUACUGAGCCUAGAGGGACACACUUAUCAGGAAGAGCUACAUAGAUUUUACAGCAUUGCCAUUCACUCCAACAGAUCUGUGAUGUUUAUACUUAGACAAGUGUUUAUACUUCACACAAGUGCAUUCCUUCCCUGGUGGGGAGUGUACGAGAAUGAGCUCGUAUUGUGACUGAGCUGGGCGUACAGGGUUGUUGAGAGGCUGCAAUGCAGCCAAGUUUCAAUCCAUUGAAAGUAAAUGUCAAGAUGAUUUGCAGGCUGCACCUGGCUCCUCUCCUGAUGCUUUGCUCUCUCAGCGAUCAGAAGGAUGGACAGGCCUAGCACGUUGACUCAGACCUCGGUGUUGCCUUUCUCCGACCCCGAUCACGCCCUCAACAUCCUGCAGGGCAUCAACGAGCUGCGGGCGGAGGGCAAGUUCUUCGACAUGACCCUGUCGGCGGACGGCCAGGAUUUCCCGUGUCACCGGACGGUGCUGGCAGCCGCCAGCCACUACUUCAGGGCCAUGUUCGCGGGCCGCCUGAAGGAGAGCUACGCCGAGCGGGUGGAGCUGCACGGGGUGAAGGCUCCGAUCCUGAGCCUGCUGCUGGAUUUCUCCUACACCGGCCAGGUCACCGUCACCCAGGGCAACGUGGAGCCGCUGGCCCGUGCCGCCGAUCUCUUCCAGUUCCCCUCGGUCAAGGAGGCCUGCUGCGCCUACCUGGAGCGGCAGCUGGACGUGGCCAACUGCCUGGAGAUCCAGGAGUUCGCCGAGGCCUACGCCUGCCGCGGCCUGGCCGAAAACGCCAAACGUUUCAUCCUGCGCCACAUCGUCGAGCUGUCCGCCGAGAAGGAGUUCGAGGCCCUGCCGCAGCGCCGGCUGCUCGAGUACCUGUCCGACGACCGGCUGCACGUCGACAAGGAGGAGGCGGCCUACCAGCUGGCCCUGCGCUGGGUCAAGGCCGACUCCAAGCGCCGCCUCCGCUUCUGGCCCGAGCUCUUCGAGCACGUGCGGCUGCCGUUUAUCCGCCGCUUCUACCUGCUCGCGUACGUGGAGAGCGACCCGUUCGUCUACUACUCACCCCGCUGCCUGCAGCUCAUCCACCAGGCCCGGGCCUUCCAGUCCUCCGAGUACGAUCGCCACGAUUACCCGUGCGAGAGGAUGAGGGCUCGGCCCUCCACCGGCCUGGCCGAGAUCCUGGUGGUGGUCGGCGGCUGCGACAAGGACUGCGACGAGCUGGUCACCGUCGACUGCUUCAACCCGCUGACCGGACACUGGCGGUACUUGGCCGAGUUCCCUGACCACUUAGCCGGAGGUUACAGCAUCACCGCCUUCGGAAACGACAUCUAUGUGACCGGUGGUUCUGAUGGGACAUCACUGUAUGACUGUGUAUGGCGUUACAAUUCCAGUGUGAACGAGUGGACAGAGGUUUCGCCCAUGCUGCAAGCCCGAGAGUAUCACAGCUCUGUGGUACUCAAAGGCCAUAUCUACAUCAUUGCCCACAACAGCCUGGAGCGCUAUGAUCACAGCCUCGACAGCUGGGAGGCCCUGCGACCCAUGCCCUUCCCCAUGGACAACUGCUCAAGUACAGCCUGCCGGGGAAAACUCUAUGCCAUUGGCACACUUGCUGGCAAAGAAUCAAUGGCCAUUCAGCGCUAUGACCCUGAGAUUGAUUCGUGGAGUGUUGUGGUUUGCGGUUCAUUACCUCCAUGGUCAUUUGUGCCAAAGACAGUGACACUCAAUGGACUGAUAUAUUUUGUGCGGGAUGAUUCUUCAGAGGUUGAUGUGUAUAACCCAACAAAGAACGAAUGGGACAAAAUUCCACCCAUGAAUCAGGUCCAUGUUGGGGGCAGUGUGGCUGCUCUGGGAGGGAAGUUGGUUGUGUCUGGCGGCUACGAUAACACGUUUGAACUAUCCGACAUAAUCGAAAGCUAUGACUUUCAGACUGGUUCCUGGAGCGUAGUAGGACGACUCCCACAGCCCACCUUCUGGCAUGGAACUGUCAGCAUCUUCCGACAGUUCAUGCCCACCGCCCAAGUUACCUUUGAAGGGACCCUGAACGACAACCAUAACAAUGAAAUAAAUGCCCUGAAUCUAGCUCGGUAUCGAAGACACCUUCACAAUGAGAACCUCCGCCUAUAGCACUGUUUAGACUGGAGUAAAGACUGAUAUCGGCUACAGUGAAACCCGCUUGGAUUCUCUCCAAAACCAGCAGAUUUCUAACACAUUACAAAAGCUCGCCAUCUAAUUCUGGACUGGCACAUGUCAAUUGGACAUUGCCCUUUCCCAGUUUAUUUUAAAAAUUGUCCCUGUUGGACCAAAAGCAGUCACUGCUCCCUGUUGAAUUGGGUGUUGACUGAAAUAGUUCAAAUUAAUACAACUGUGCCAUUCAUUGGCUGCUGUCUAUGUUUAGUCUGGCAGGUUUCACUGUAUCUGUUGACCGAUUCUGUUAAGUUAGGAGAUGUGACAAUUUUGUCUUCUCCUAUGGCCACAUGCUUGUUGCUAAGCAUUGGUUGAAAAAGAAAGACUUGCCUUUAAGUAAUGCCAGAUCACAUCACAAAAUGCUUCACUUGCAAUUAAUUUACUUUUGAAGUGCAACAAUGUAAGGAAAUAAGGCAGCCAUUUUGUACACAGUGUGAACACAUGAACAGCAACAAGGUUAAUGCGGUAUUACUGGUAAUUUGAAGGAUGAGUUUUGGAGAGAACCAGACAGCCGGAGAAAUCGUCCUGUAGGAUUCUUGAGGCUCUGAUCUGCACAGGCAGAUAGCGGUUGAGCACAAAUACUAUUUUGUGUUUCCUAUUUUGUUCCAGCCCUGGAAAGUCAACUAUAUUUUUACUAAUUUUUAAGUUUUGUUUUAUGACCGUGUUGGGAUAUAGUGAAGUACCAGGUGAACACCAUGUGCUAUUUACUGGGUUUUAAUGAAGACAUACAAUCCAGUGUUUAAUGUUUACGCAAAGAAGUUGCAAUGUGAGUUCCAGUUGGAAGGUAUGCUAAGUCUGUAAAAGGAUUGGCAAUGACUAGCUCCAGAAAAAGCUUGCCAACAACCCUUUGAAGGUACUGAUUGCUGCAUUUUAAGGCUGGAUCUAACCCGAUUAAAAUCUCUGACACUAAGUUGAGCAAAUCUGUGCAGUGGAGAAAGCUUGUUUGGAAUGUAGAAUUGGGGUCUUGCUGCCUUCGAGAUGGCAAGUUGGUACUGGUGCACUUUAAUCCUGUGGGAUAUGUUUUAAUUUGCCUCAAAUUUGCUGCCCCAUCACCAACCCCACCCUCUUCAGCUGUAGCAGGCUUGUUAGAAUUUCACAAGGGUGAAAAAAACUCAGUUUUGGAAGGAAGAAUACAUAUCAAGGAGUUCCACUCCGUUUUCUAGAAACACUGCCAGCUUGUUCCAAAAUAGCUCGUCUAUCCUCUCCAUUUCUGAGAGGACAGAGGGUAUCGGAUAUAUAUAUUUAGUUUUAUAUAUAUUUCUAUUUAUAAAGCAGUAGAAAUAGAGGGUUUGCAAUUAAAUAUUCAAGAAUCACACAUUCAAAAUAUGCCGCCAAAUAGAAAGACAUGGUUGUUCAUUUGCAGUUUUUAGAACCUGGAAGUAAAUAUUCCCAUUAUUCUAUUUGAGAUAACUUGAUAUUUAUUUCAUGUUCUAUCCAUUAUUUGCUGCUGACAUUGUUCAAAGUUCAACUGUUUGAAGUAAUUUGUUCAGAAAUACAGCAGUUCUAUUUUUCUACAUUUUCCCUUUCCCCACUUCUACCCUGAAGGCACUGCCUCUCUGAGGCACAGAACACAGCAGUGAUUGCUCCUCGUGCCCAUCUUGACCAUUCCUCAUGUGCAUUUUGGCAGUUUAUUUGGCUGCAGUCAGGACUGAUGCUGUCCUUGUCCAGCAAAUACAAUUAGCAACAAUAGCCUGUUUUUUUUCCCUCCCCUCCUCCUUAGUCUGAGGCACCGAAACAAAUUCAAUACAUGGUGGCUGUGUUAAGCUUGAUAUACACACCAAGGAUAGAAUUGAUGUUUUUUGUUAAGCUUAACUCCAUUUGGAUAAACUUUCAGUUGUUAGAGAAUGGGUGGUUCCAUUUUUAAGUACAUGUCUGAAUCUGAACAAAAUCUCCAUUUAAUAUUGAGUCUAAAUACAGACAACUUGAAGGAGAAAAUUGAUACAUUUUAGUUUUCAAGGUAGGACAUGUGGUUUUCCUUUCGAGAUUCUGUGAAUUCUAAACACUUCCUGGUUUUGUUUCUGAGUUUUUAAUGCGUGUUGUUUUAUUUGAGAUGUUGUGGCUUAUUGUACACAAACAUGUAGUUUACAUUGAGAAGUUGUACAACACAAAAUCCACUAAAAUAAAAUGUCUAUCUACUC